AAGCUUUAUCGACAAGACUCCGUAUUUAUGAUCCGUCGUGCUCCUAUACAACUUCCUAGUUCACUGAUCUGUGACCACCCUGCCAAUAUUGAAUUUGUAUUGUUGCAGAUUUUCGCGGCUUCGUUGGUGUAGUAACGGUAAACUUAGUUAUUGUUUAAUAAUACGUGGCGAAAUCAUAGGUUUUGAUUAAAUUGCAUUUGAUUAAUGGAGUUGGAACUUGAAGUAUUUUGAUUUUUGAUGAGUAUGUUGAAUGUCUUGGUUGUGUGGAUCUUUAAAAUGGUUUAAAAUAAGGAGAACAAAGAGCGAAAAGUGAGACAUUAAAGGAAAGAAUUAUUAAGAAAUUGAGCAGAGAAGGUGGUGUGAGUUAGGGAGUCAGAUGCUUGUGGGUGUCACUGACUGUAAGAAUUAUUUUAGUGUUAUGAAUCUGUUGUUUAUGUCUCCUUACUUAACUUUGUUUGCCCGGGGUUCAUGGGGUUUGCCGCCGCCCAGGGAAACAGGCACUUCUUAGGUUCUCUUGUCAUACAAGAGAGUCCUUUAUUAAAAGUUACUCGAUCUCAUUUCGUUCUCUCUCUUUCCCAUUCACCAUUCUGGCUUAGUUUCCGCCAAGAUUCGUUCUUGCUGGCUGCAUAUGUCCUCUCCCUUGAGAUCUUUCUAAAUUAUCUUGAAACUAAACCUUUCUGUUAAAUCUAGUUAUUUGGUCCCACUCCCUGGGGGGGUUAAAUGUUCCAUUUUCAGGAAAGUUUUCUUGAUUCGUGUAUAUGUUUCAUUAUUGCAUACACAUUUGUAUAGUCUGGGAAUUGAUGUCCUCGGAUCGAUUAGUUUUCUAUAGAAGAUACAGCACCUUUGUGUAAAAGUAACGAUAGUCCAGAUCUUUACCGACCAAGAUGAAGUUUAUGAAACUUGGAUCAAAGCCAGAUACAUUUCAAAGUGAAGAUAAGCAUGUCAGGUAUGUGGCCACAGAGCUGUCUACUGACAUUGUUGUCAAUGUUGGAGAUGUGAAGUUUUAUCUGCACAAGUUCCCUCUCCUCUCCAAGAGUUCUCAGUUGCAAAAGUUGGUUUCAACGGCAAAUGAACAGAGUAAUGAUGAAGUAACUAUCACAGACAUUCCAGGAGGGCCUGCUGCAUUUGAAAUUUGUGCCAAAUUCUGUUAUGGAAUGGUGGUUACCUUAAAUGCUCACAAUGUUGUUGCUGCUCGUUGUGCGGCUGAGUACUUGGGUAUGCAUGAAACUAUGGAGAAAGGCAACCUUGCAUACAAAAUUGAUGCCUUCCUGAACUCUAUCAUCUUUCGGAGCUGGAAGGAUUCUAUCAUAGUUCUGCAGACAACUAUGUAUUUGCUCCCAUGGUCUGAGGAUCUGAAGUUGAUUAGUCACUGUGUUGAGGCUAUCGCUUCCAGAGCAGUUAUUGACACUUCCAAGGUGGAUUGGUCCUACACAUACAACCGGAAAAAGCUUCUAGAGGAAAAUGGAAGUGAAUCAAAUUGGAAUGGUGCAAUGAAUUAUAAAGUGGUGCCAAACGAUUGGUGGGUUGAGGACUUGUGCGAGCUUGAGGUUGAGUUAUAUAAAAGAGUUCUAGUUAGUAUCAAUAGCAAAGGCGUUGUUUGUGGUGAAGUGAUUGGAGAAGCUCUAAAAGCUUAUGUGUAUCGACAAUUGCCUGGUCUCGUCAAGGGUGUGACUAGGUCUAGUGAUUUGACAAAUUAUCGAUCCACUGUUGAUACAAUCAUUUUUCUCCUACCUGAUGAGAAAGGUUGUGUGUCGUGUAGCUUUUUGCUGAAAUUGCUAAAAGCAGCCAUACUAGUAGACUCUAGUGAAGUGUUGAAGAAAGAGUUAAUCAAGAAAAUCGGACACCAACUAGAGCAGGCCUCAGUCAGUGACCUUUUAAUCAGAGCACCAGAAGGUGAUUCUUUGAUGUAUGAUGUUGAUAUUGUACUGAACAUAGUACAUGAGUUUUUCAUCCGAGAUCAAUAUUCUGAAAUUGAAGCACUAGAGGCAGAUGAGGCUCAGGAAUUUAAAAAACCUGGAAUAUUGUCUGAAGCAUCAAAACUAAUGGUGGCCAAGUUGAUUGAUGGAUACCUUACUGAAAUAGCAAGGGAUCUGAAUCUGCCCGUGUCAAAGUUUGUUGAACUCACAGAGAUGGUAUCUACAAUCUCCAGGCCUGGACACGAUGGGCUAUAUCGUGCAAUUGACAUGUAUCUCAAGGAACACCCUGAGAUCAACAAGAGUGAGAGGAAGAAGAUAUGUAGAUACAUGGACUGCAAGAAGUUAUCAGUCGAUGCAUGCAUGCAUGCAGUGCAAAAUGAAAGGCUCCCAAUGAGGGUGAUUGUUCAGGUGCUUUUCUUUGAGCAGGUUCGUGCUGCAGCUACAUCUGGGACCAGCACACCUGACCUGCCAAAGAGCAUCAGAGACUUGAACAGUGGGUCUAUGAGGAGCUCAAGGUCAACACCUAACGCAGAUGAAGAUUGGGACACAGUAGCUACAGCCGAGGAAUUGAAGGCCUUAAAGGGUGAGUUAGCUGCUUUGAAGUUGGAGAGGAAGAGAAGUGAGAAAUUCAUAGAAGGUAGACCUAGUGUUGACAAGACUUCUCUUCACAAAGUGAAGGGGUUGCUCAUGACGAAGAAGAUAUUUUCGAAGCUUUUGUCAAACAAACAUGCUAAUGCUGAUACAAGCGGUUCAGAUUCAUCAGAAAGUCCCAGUACUGCAAAUCCUGAAUAUGCAAAAUCUACGUCUUCUGCUAACAGGAGGAUUUCAGUUUCUUAGUACAUUAUUGAAUUAUAGUUGUCUCAUUGUAAGUCUCCUGAGUUCUGAUCCCCCCUCUUCUUUUGUUGUAACACUUUCGAUUUUCUGUUGAACACAUUAGAUGUCUAGGAUUAGUGAUUAUCUGCCCUUUCGAGUAAAAAGGUAAGCUGUACUGCUGUAGUAUGGGGAAUAUUGGAGAUACAGCAAUGUUAAUUAAUAAUUAUAUAUGGACAAAAUGUCUAUAAUUUAACUUAAAAAAAAUUACUGAUUGACAUUGAUGAUUGAUCAAUCAAAUUUGUUAUCUUUGAUCCAUUUAACCUACGCAGUACUUCAGAAAAUUCCUGAAUUUGAGAGCAGUAUUGUUUUGAUAAUUUGAAGUGAUAUUUAACAAUUUAGCAUAGUUGUAGCUAGAUGUUUAGUUUAUGUAGAGUUUUUCUAUAGGCGGGAUUGAUAAAUCAAAAUAACCUAAUUCUAGAUUGUAUUCGUACUAAUGUAUGAAAUGUUAGAAUAUUAGAAGUUUGAUCAUUUAUGUAUGUUCAAAUAACGUGUCCAUUUGUAUAUGUA